UUUUUCCUUAAUUAUAUAAUGCAGGCCACUCUUCCACCUCCAUAGAUCCAUUCCCUACAUCCCCCACCACACCACACGCCCUCUCUCAUGUCUUUUUUCCUUUUCUAAUUGCUUUCACUUUUCAUAACUUUAUUUUUAGCCUAUAAAUCCUCCUCCUCCUUCUGCUACCAUUCUUGGUCGUGUCCUAUUAGACGUUGAUAGAUAGUUAGAAGAAGGGAAAUUAACACUAUAAUUAAUUAAAGAUUAGAGGAUCCAUGAAAGAUGGUGGUAGAAAGCAGGGUGCACCCUCACCCUGUGCUGCAUGCAAGCUCCUUAGGAGAAGGUGUGCUCAGGACUGUGUUUUUGCUCCUUAUUUUCCUGCUGAUGAGCCUCAGAAGUUUGCAAAUGUGCACAAAGUCUUUGGUGCCAGCAAUGUCAACAAGAUGCUUCAGGACUUAGCAGAGCAUCAGCGAGGAGAUGCAGUGAGCAGCAUGGUGUAUGAAGCAAAUGCAAGAGUGAGGGACCCUGUGUAUGGCUGCGUAGGGGCCAUCUCAUCUCUUCAGCAACAGAUUGAUGUGUUGCAGACCCAAUUGGCCGUGGCACAGGCUGAAGCUGUGCACCUCAGGGUGCGCCAAACUGCAUCACUCUACAGCCCCACUAGCCCAACCAACAGUGGCUCUCCAUCACAAGCCAAGCCUAUUUUUGACAUGGACAUGGUGGUGGACCAGAACAGCUAUGGUGAUUCAAUGUGGUGAUGCUACUAGAUAAUUUAUUAGUAAUAUAAAACUAUACUAGUAUACCUACCUAGAUCAUGAAAAGAUACAAAAACUAAAAAUUAAGGUGGCAUUAUUUUCUCAAGUUGUGCCUUCUAUAUACUUUUACUUUAUAGUAGGGUGAGAAAUGCACAAUCAACCCAUUCUUUAAUACAUUCUUUUUAAUAUACUUUGUUAUUCGUUAAAAUUUAUUAGAACUUACAAAGACUUACAGGAUUUUGGUAAUUUCUAAUUAAUUUUAACCAAUAAUAUAAAGGGUGUUUAAAAGAAUAUGUUUGAAAGUGUGUUGGUGGCAUUUCUCUUUAUAGGAUAGAUGUAGAACUCUAGAAACAGUGGUGGCUACGGGCUGCGGCGGUGAGACUGAAGAGAGCUGUGGCGGAGGCCGUUCGCCCGCUUAAUCAAAUUUGGUUUUGAGCAUUGAUUUCUCAUUGACGACAUGUUGUGUAUAUAUUAUUAUAUAUCUAUGUCACUUGACAUUAAGUGAAGGGUUUGGUUAUAUGGUUGGAUUGUGGACUAUUUUGAGGCUGAAGGUUGCGUGGACUUUUUAUGUUGUUUUUCUAGUGAUGUUUAUGACUUGAUCUUUGUUUACAAGGGAGAUGCCCCUAUAGGCAUAUUGAUUUUCAUAUGUAUUGCUACUUCUUGGUACUGUUGGGUGUAUUUACUAUACAAAAUAUCUUUUUGAA